UGACAUUUGCGUAACUCCGCUUGUUAACUUGUUACAAUAUAUUUUGACGAUAUUCAGAGUCACUGAAUUUCACUGGAAAUAAUAACCCAACAAUAUUAAUGAAGGUACUGUUUAUUAAUUAAACACCAUCUGGACAUGAUCUCCCUGAUUUUUCAAUUAACUUCAUGAUUAAUGAAAAUACGGAUGACUCCAAUUAUUCAUUUGUUUACGCGUUCCAUAAAAAUAAGCUUCUUAAGACACCAUCAAUUAUAAAUGCCAAUUCAACAUUGGAUGUAAUUUUUCGUUGUACCAAACAUCACGAGUAUUUAAUCACUUCUAAUUGUUUGAACAGUCUUCAGCUUCUUUCUUUUUUUACAACUGAAUUAUUCAUUUUUUAAACCACCAAAGCCCUUCUUCCUCUAGCUGGAAAUGUUUAAUUAAACCGGUCGUUCGAACAAUAGGAAGUGCAUCAAGGUUUCAUCCCACGGACAAAGGAACAAAAGGUGAAUCUUUUCCGCGAAAUUGUAAGUUGUGGCACGCAGAACAUCGUCGUUUAUCAUCGGAGAUAGAAAUUCUCGACACGACUAAUGAGUUUCUCACAAUUAUUUGGUUUCUCACGAAAAUUUAUUUCUCAACGCAACUCUAUAAGUGGAAUGUUUUUUUAUACAAAUUUGUCACGAAUCGCGUUGAAUAAAAAAUGCAAGUUCAAAGGGUAAAAAAUGUUUUGGCGCGCAUCUACCCCCUCCCCUCUAUAAGGACAAAACAUCGCGACCGGUCUUCAGUAUGGACCACGCGGCCGAACCGCGCGGAUGUAUCCAAAGGGAGGGUGUACAUCGCGCGUGUUUUUAUAAAUAACAUUUGCCAUGAUUAAACUCAAAUAAUUUUCAAUUAAAUAUGAAAAUACACAAAUUUCAUCUGUCGUGAGAUUAUUUAUGCAGAAUUGAUUGAAUUAGGUGAAUUUAUUAAAUGAAUGUUUCAGCUUUCAAAGCUUUUUCUAAUUUAUGAUGAUACAUAUUUUAAUGACAAUAAAUACUGUGACCCGUUAAGUGCAUCAACGCGAGGAAAAUGUAAUCUGAAACCACUGAGAAUUUGCGAUUACCUCUGAUGAUUAAUUUCGCGCGCGAACCCGUAGAAUUACUCCCUUCUAAAAGAUUCGAAUCGUUCCAUUUUUCUAUCAUGUAAAAAUUUACAAAUCGCCUCCGGGCAUGGUUAUUUUUUAAACUAUCGAUCAUCGUUCGAUCAAAGGUUUCGCGGUAAAAAUUAAACGGUGCAGUGAGACAAGAAACGGUGAAAGAAGAAAUGAAGUUCCAGAAUCAGGGAUGAAAAGGAAGACGCUGGAAAAUGGGAAAAUGUUCAGAUGGAGAAGAAGAGGUGGUCGUUGUCUGAACCGGAGGCAGCCGCUCGUAAAGUCGAAACCGAGGAAUCCAUAAACCGGUACGAGGAACCGGGAUACCCUUCUGAUGUCGUAGGCCGCCAUCGAAUUAAACUCCACCCUUCUUAUCCUGAUCGACCGAGUCGCCCCGGGUUUCCUGGUCUCUCGAUUCGGAAACAAUGCCUGGAAUCGGACCCUUUUACGAGCCAUCGUGCUCCCAGUUACUCGACUAUUCGUUACACCACCUACCUUUCAUCGCCAAUUUGCCUACCGAGGAAACACCUUCGACCCGGCAUCGUUUCCUUCCACCUGCUGUAUCCACCUCGGCUCGAUGACUAUGCGGGAUAAAAUACAAGUGUAUUCGUUCCUGGAGAAAGUGCCGUAGGUUGAUUCUUGGAACCAUGGAUGGAAAUUUGACGAACGUUUGGACGGGGAACCUGACUGCGAUGCUGCAUCAGCUACCCUGCAACGACAGCUUAAUUAGUUGCGUGGAUCAAUGCGCGAUCGACUUGGACUUUGAUCAUCUGUGCACCAUCGACAAGGUCACCCUUUCCUCCUCGAUGACCCUGUUCUGCAGACCGUGCGAUUAUUCCGAUUGCGACGUGAAUGUUUCAUUGGUGGUCGGUGGUUUGGAGAGCAUCGAGGGGUUGUUCUUGUCGAGGAUACCGAGGUUCAGGGAAUGCAACGGGACGAAUCUGGAAGAUCAGAUCCUCGAGUGCACUCCGUCGGAGAACUCGACGACGGAGGAUCUCUCGGUCUCUUGCACCCAUCGCUCGAAAUGGAGUUCGACAAAUAGGAGUCGCCGUUUCGACUGGGGCUUCCUGUUCGUCGCGGUGUUCAUCGUGGCGGGUGGUUUGGGGAAUAUCCUCGUCUGCCUGGCCGUAGGUCUGGACAGAAGAUUGCACAACGUUACCAAUUACUUCCUUCUGUCGUUGGCUGUUGCUGAUCUGCUCGUCAGCCUGUUCGUGAUGCCUCUGGGCGCCAUACCGGGAUUCUUAGGGUACUGGCCAUUCGGGGUGCUUUGGUGCAACGUUUACGUGACUUGCGACGUGUUAGCGUGUUCAGCGAGCAUCAUGCACAUGUGUUUCAUCUCGCUGGGUCGUUAUUUGGGCAUCCGGAACCCGCUGAGAACACGGCACACCUCGACCAAACGAAUGGUCGGUUUCAAGAUCGCGGCUGUUUGGCUGCUCGCCAUGUUGGUCUCCAGUUCCAUUACGGUAUUAGGUAUAAUCAAUCCGUUGAAUAUAAUGCCACGACCUGGUACGUGCGUGAUCAACAACAGAGCUUUCUUCGUGUUCGGUUCCCUGAUCGCCUUCUACAUCCCCAUGAUCGUGAUGGUAGCCACGUAUGUGCUGACGGUGCAACUUUUGCGACAGAAAGCUCGUUUCGUCGCGGAACACCCUGAAAGAGAUCAAUUCCGAAGACUAGGUGGUAGAUACUCCUCGACCAAGACGUCGACAACCGGAACCACCACUACAGCCUCGUUAUCCACUCGACACGCGUGGAGGACUUCCGGUACCGGUCUUGGAAGUGAAAGAUGCAAGGGUGCAAGAACGGGCAAGCAGCAACCGCAGUUGAAUUUCACUGUGAACGGGGCGGGCAGCCCGACCGGAAGCACCGUCGGGACGAAACAGGGCUCGAAAGUGGAUCAGGCCACUCAAACGCCGGAGAACAUUGCCCGGGAAACAAGAAACUUCACUCUAAGAGCUUUGAAGCUGCAAUUGAACGUCACGCCUACCACCCUCAAUCUCAGGUUUCUGGCUGGGAGAACCAAGAGAAGAUCCAUGGCCGCGAAUGCCGUGGCCACGGAACAGAAAGCCAGUAAAGUUUUGGGUUUGGUUUUCUUCACGUUCGUCUUGUGUUGGGCACCGUUCUUCCUUUUGAACAUCUUCUUCGCCGCUUGUCCCGAGUGCUCGGUGCCGGUCCACGUGGUCGACACGUGCCUCUGGCUCGGUUACGUGUCAUCCACCAUCAAUCCAGUCAUUUACACCAUCUUCAACAAGACCUUCAGGGCUGCGUUUAUUCGAUUGCUGAAAUGCAAGUGUUCCAGAUCAGCAAGACCGACUAGAUAUCGUUCGGUGACAGAAGGUGGGCGCAACACUAUGAGUCUGUGCACGCCAACAGCGCUUCCACUGGCCAUUAGUCUUCAGGGUACACCGUUGUUGACCCCGACGUCGAAUCCUUCGGCUACACCGGCUUCAGGAAGCUCGUACAUGACGAUGAUGCAUCGCACACCCAGCUCCCUAUACCGUGACACCUUCCAUCAAGUCGAGCAUGAUCAGAAUUGUUGAAGAGUCCUCAGCUCCUGUGAACAAACAUUACUGAAGUAUUAGUUAUGGAGAAAUGUAAAUGAACAUAUUCCUGGUUCAAUGUUAAAUUUGGUUUUGGUAGUCGUGCAAACGUUUGGCUACUUUUAAAUAGAAAAAAAAGUGGAGAGAUGUUGGAGUAAUGGUAAUUAUAAUAAGCGUACUGUUUCUGUUCUUGCCAGCGAAAAAAGAAAACACCUGUAGUCCCGAAUUGCAGAAAGAAAAUUUUUAUAGUUUAAUGAACUAUAAACCAAAGAUUAUCGUUAAGCCGAAACCGCGAUCCUGUAGCAAAGUGACUGUUAUAAAAAAGAAGAAACUUAGACGUAAAAGUUUGCGAUUGCAUGAAAUAAAAACCAAAGAAUAGCGGAUACUAUUUCCCAUCGUGAAAUCAUGUUGAACUUUCCUCGCUAACCAUCCGAAAUGUACUAUUGUCUGUGAUAUCGACGAAACAAUCCCCUGCGUUUAUUAACGAUUGUCUGUCAUGGUGUAAAUUAUUAAACAAUCAUACAACAUUAUACAGAAAAAUAACACGCGUUGAUACAUACAGUAUAUGAAAUAAAAUAGUAAUUUAAA